GCCUGGUUAUACCGUUUUGUUUUUGACUUCCCGUAUUUUAGGUUCAGAGCGAACCAAAACUCAAAAUACUUCCCAAGGAGCCCCCACAACAUGUCAGACACGUCGGACGACGACUACUCGGAUGAUCCCCUCGACGCCGACAUCCACCAGAGCAAUUCGACGAACGAGGAGGACGAGCAGCAGGAGGGCGAAACGUUCGACACGGAUCUACCGACCGCCCACAAGUACCUCGGUAAGCUGAACACGGUCAGCGGAUACACGAUCUUCGACGACGGCGAAGUGAUCGAGCUGCUCGCGAUACACACGAAAACGCUAGUCUUUCCCGGAUUCACGCUGCCGCUCGUCAUGAACACUCAACUCGAGCAGUCGACAAUGGACAGCUUUCUUAAGAAGUGCAACAUUUUCGUGCUCGUAUGUGCGGACGAGAUGGGCUCGCGUCUAUACAAAUACGGCGUAACUAUGGAGGUGUUCGAGUCGGUGUCGCAAAACGACACCCUCUACCUAAAGGCGAAGGGCAGACAGAGAUGUAAGAUACUGCCGACCAAGGAAAUACAGCACCUCGGCGGUCGCCUCCAGAAGGUGACGGUGAAAAUUUUAGCCGAACCGGCGUUUACGUCGCCGAUCGCCUGCACGCAGUUGCUCUCCCUGUGCUCGCGUCGGCCGCACUUAUUCGCGAACUACAAGGACCUGCUGCGGAGCUACAAGUACAGGCGCUACCAUUUGGCGCAAUUCCCCUGCGCGUCGUGGGUGUACGAUCGGAACGAGGUCUCCUUCUACGUCGAGCACAUGCUGAAGCAGUUGGUACGUUUUUACUUGAAAGAGAAUAUUCCUCUCGAUCCCGUCACGCUGUCCUACUGGUUCAUCCAGAACUUCCAGCUGUGCCACGAGGAACGGCUGCACCUGAUGAAGUUGGAUUCGGCGCUCGAAAGGCUCAAGGUGGAACUUCGGCUGUUGGAACGCGAACGCCUGCUCUGCUGCAUUCUCUGCAAGACUGAGAUAACGCGACAGAGUCAGGUGUUCGCGAUGUCGAAGGACGGCGUGCAGAGCAACUACUGCAAUCCGGGCGGGCACGUUUACGAAACGGUCACCGUCGUCAAGGCGAAGAAUUUCAAUUUGGUCGGCAAUCCGUCGAAGGAAUUCAGCUGGUUCCCCGGGUACUGGUGGACGAUUAUGCAGUGCAGACUGUGUCAGGGACACAUCGGAUGGCGGUUUUCGUCCAAUCAUCUACAGCCGCGCACCUUCUACGGGCUGGCGAAAAGCGGACUGGAAAUUAGGAUUUUAGCGAAGAAUCAGAGCAAUGAAUUAGAUUAAGGUUUAAUAUUUAGGAGUGAUCGUGAUACUAACAAAGUUAUUUAUAUUCGCAAGUAAUUGAAAAUAAAAUAUUCCCCCC